AAUACUCGAAGAUCACCGCUACAUGUGUUUUUCAUCUAUACUGCACCCUUACUGCACCUAAACUACUUUCUUCUACAUGUUUUCUUCUACAUCCAACGGACGGACGCGAUAUACUGGGUUAGAUUCGCAAGUAUUUGUCGCCUUACACCAUUAUACUCAUUGUCGUUGAUUGUUUAUGUGUAUCUUUACCAAUCGGCCUGUGAAUAGGCGCUGCAUGUCCAUGUGUGGAGUUUGUAUAAAUGUGUGCGAUAGAAUCACAAGUUGCAAUACGUGGACUCUUUCUCAGUCAGUUUGUUACACACACCAUUGGUUGGUGAUAGUACUGAUGGUGCAUCCUUAUCAUAGUUUAAUUCGUUAUUAUAGUUCGUUAUCAAACGCAAUGUAGCCAAAUCAUCGCAUCGUUGAUAAAAAAAAUUCAGUGCUGAAGUUUUUCAUUACGUAUUUGUUUGUCAUUUGUGUCUGUGUUUUAUACGUUGGAAGUUGGAAUACCUCCAUAUUGAUACUAAUAAUUAUGUUUUGUCUGCGCAUCAACGAUUUUCACCAAGUUUGAAGUUUUUGAAGGCAGUAUCUGCUUCAUCUCCGACUCAGAUUACAAAAAGUUGAAGCUCAGAGAAGACAAAAUCACUGAAGUACGUGCUAUCAGCCCCUAAUAAAUACUUACCAGAUAAAUAAAAUUGGCGAUACAUAAUCCAAAUUUGAUCAUGUCGUCGAAUGAAUACAGCGUUUCAACGUGCACAUCUACCGAAGAUUUCUGGUGCAGUACAGCUGAAUUUCACGAAGCAGAGUUUGUUUGGAAAAUAAAUAAUUUCAGUUCGCUCGACGACAAGGGUGAACGCAUAAAAUCUGAAACAUUCUCAUCUCCUACAAACGAUAAAUUUAUAUGGUAUUUGGAUUUUCACUUCAGAGGCAAACACGAGGAAACAGAUCGUUUUCGUUUAUUUUUAAACCGGAAUAGAAAAAGCGCAACUGAAAGAGUAUUCACAAAAUACACUUAUUCCAUUUUGAAUAAUGUAAAGGAUGAAGAAAACUAUGCAUCGAAUGUUGAGUGUCGUGAAUUCAUCAACAACCACGACGAUGAUCCAAGUUCUGAAGAUAAUGAUGAUGAUGAUGAUGAUGAUAAUUGGGGUUGGGAUGAAUAUCCCAAAAAAAACGAAACUUUCAGAAGUAAAUUUUUGCAAAAUGAUACGUUAACGAUUUCAUUCCAGAUGAUAUUUUUCGAAAUGAACCCCAAAAAUUUAGCUAGUAUGUUUCACCGUUGUAACACUAUUCAUCUCAAACAACUUUCCGAUAAUAUGGCAUCGGUUCUUGAGAAUCCUAAUUUUGCAGACUUCACGAUUUCAGCAAAUGGUAAAAAUUAUCACGUUCACAAAGUUAUUUUAGCGUCACGUAGUACUUAUUUCGCUAAGUUGUUCGAAAGCGGAAUGAAAGAAAAUCAACAAAAUCGUGUAGAAAUUACCGAUGUAAAUGAAGACAUUAUGGGUGAAAUGUUGAAAUUUAUUUACACCGGAGUAUGUGAAAAUUUGGAUAAAUUAGCCGACGACUUAUUAAUCGCUGCUGACAAGUAUGAUAUAGGUCAUCUGAAGAAGAUUUGCGUAGAGUCAAUUUACACCAAGUCUUUAUGUGUAGAGAAUGCGCUGAAUACAUUAAUAUUGGCGGACCAGUAUGAUGCGAAUGAACUUAAAUCAAAAGCGAUUGACUUUAUCGUAGCUAAUUCAUCUGAAAUAAUGGAGUCGGUGACAUGGCAUGAAAUCAUGCCAAUGUAUCCUAAUCUGUUGAUCAGUAUAUGUCAGGCGAUGCGACGAUUCUUCGCAUUACAACUAAGUAGACGUAAUUCUACUGAAUAAUGUCUGUAAUCAUUUUACCUAGUUUUUAUUUUAGUGUUUUUUUAUAACUUAAUCCUGAAUAAAUGAGUUC